AUGCACUGCGAGGAGUACAAGAAGAAGACAGCCCAGGAACGGAAUCAGAUAGUCGAGCAAAGAAAGUUGUGCCUUAAUUUUCUCGAGAGGCAUCAAGUAGGCGAGUGCGCCUCCAAAAGGACGUGUUCGGUGUGUGAGGCUCGUCACCACUCUUCGCUGCACGAGGCUUACUGCGAUAACGCCGUCGCGAAGUCGUCACACGUCGCGCAGGGGCCUUUCGAUCAGCCUACCACCGUGCUCCUCGCGACCGCUCGCGUUUGCGUGGCCGACCGUCACGGCAUCUUACACCCGGCGCGCGCGCUCAUCGACCAGAGCUCGGAGUCAUCAAUCAUCUCCGAGCGCCUCGCGCAAAGGUUAAAGCUGCCGCGUUCACAAGUUUCGGUAACAGUUUUCGGAGUUGGGGGACAGAAAUCCGGCAAAGCCAAGGGUCGCGUCGCGCUUUCGCUGUCACCGCGACUCGGAGGAGCGGCGAUGUCCGUCAGCGCUCUCGUCCUCCCGCGGCUCACCGUCUACGCCGGCGGGCUACCCUCCGGAACGAGGACCUGGACACAUGUGGAGGGCCUGGAGCUGGCCGACCCCGAAUACAGUGCCGCUGAUCCAGUCGACAUCCUCCUCGGAGCCGACGUCCACGCCGCCAUUCUUCGCCAAGGUCUACGAAGAGGAGAGCGCCGCGAACCGCUGGCGCAGAACACGACUCUAGGAUGGAUUCUGUCGGAUGCGAUCGGCGGAACCACCUCCUCCCUACUGGCGCAUACACACCAGUGCCGGUUUGAGGACGAGCUCGCGAGCGCGGUGCGUCGCUUCUGGGAACAAGAGGACAUGCCGAUGACCGCCACCGCCAUCUCCAAGGACGAGCAAGAGUGCGAGGAGCACUUCGUACGCACGCAUUCCCGAGGGCCUGACGGGCGCUACACGGUGCGCCUCCCGGUGAUCGAGCCUCUACCGGACCUCACCGGCACACGUCGCUCGGCACUGCGGUUGCUGAGGCAUAUGGAGGUCAAGUUCGACCGAGAGGCUUCGUUCCGAGAACUAUACAUUGAGUUCAUGAACCAGUACGCGAGCUUGCGGCACAACGCUCUUCUCCGGGACGCUUACAUGGGAUGA